UGCCUGCUUGAAUUUGAUUUGGACAAUAAAGCUAUGAAGUAUCCGUUCACUCAUUCGGAAUUUUUGCGAAGGUUCAACAAGAAAAGUGUCUUUGUUAAAUUGUUUGUUCUGACCGUGAUUGCGGUAUGUAUAUUCAUUAUUCGCUUUAACCCCUCUCGAUUCCCUAUUAAUGUUCCAGUACGUCAACUGACGAAUAAGCCAAAGGUAGCCAUUGUCAACAACAGUGCAGUGGUUGGGCACGUUCAUAACACACGUCGACGUGUGUUAGGUUAUACUGGUUACACGAUUCAGCGACUUGGCCUCAAACCAAUACCACUCACGUCUUCACUUCAAUCCAAUAACGUAGAGCCCGUUGUCAAUGAUGUACUGUCCUUUAUUUAUCCUAUCGACAUUAGUGCCCAGCAAAAGUUUAAGUGUCGGGAAUGGGCAAAUCGAUCGAUUGAACUUGUUCCAAACGUUAAAAGAACUCUGCUGAUUAUAGUGGUCUCUGCUGCCGAACAUUCUGCUAAAAGAGAUUUGAUCCGCAAAACAUGGGCAGGUCCAAGUCUGCGCAAAGAAGAGGAGAUCCAGUUGAUUUUUCUGGUUGGAUCAACUCUUAAUGAAGAUAAAGUGAUUAAGAAUCGGCUCGAGAAUGAAAAUGAAAAAUACGAAGACGUGGUGCAGGUGAAUGUUAUCGACACGUAUGCAAAUUUAACGUUAAAGAGUGUCGCGUUGCUCCAUUGGGCUUACAGCCAUUGUCCAGCUGCUCAAUUGGUUCUGAAGUGUGAUGACGACACUUACCUAAAUUUUCACGUAUUGAGUAAAUUGAUUAACAAGCAACAACUUAAGCCCAUGAAUCGCCUCUACGGAUUAGGAAUUAUGGAAGACAGUCCUCAAAGAGAUCCAAACAACAAGUACUACAUCAGUAGACAUGUUUGGCCAUGGUCCAAGUAUCCAGCCUUUCUUUCCGGCGGUGGCUAUCUUUUAGGUCGGGACACUAUUCAACCUUUAUUAGCUGCCGUACAGACUACACCGCUUUUUCCUUUGGAAGAUGUAUAUCUUACAGGAAUUUGCGCCCGAAAAGCCCGCAUCAAAUCUCUUUCAUCUCGAAGAAUUUACGAGCGCUUUAUUCCCAAAAAAUUGGAUGCCUGUUUCGUCCGUUCCACUGCCAUGUGGCAGACACAAUCCAAAGUUCAGUUUCUUCAAUCGCACGAUAUUGUUUCACUCGUCUAUCGACGUAAUUUAACUUGUCGCAUUGCCUGUAAAUACUUAGGAAUUUGCUGAAUAAACGACGUUUAUUA